AUGAAUGCGCCAAUAGUUGAGUCGACCCAAACACUGCUGUGUGCAUCUGCACUGGUUUCCUCUCUACUCUCCUCCCCACUCUCCCCCUCUUCCGCCCACCCCCACCCCCACAGACUCUCUUUCCCACGCACUCACGCACACUUCUUUCUCUCUCUCUCUUCCUUGAAUCCCCCCCCACCGCCAUUCCUGGGCCUGCUGUGCCCCUCACAGCAACAGGAAGCAGGCAGUGAGGUGUGGAGGGCGGCAUGGGCUGUGGGUGGGUGGAGCAGGCGGAGGAAAAAGGUGAGCGCAGGGAGGAGGGCAGGAAAGGGGAGAAUGGGCGGCAUGAGUAUGGAGGCCGUGGUUCUCUCUUGCACUGCACUCCUGUCCUUUGACGUGCAGUUUCCACGUGAAGAGACUCUCAGGGACGUGAAAGAGAGUGGCAGGGAGGGUAGGGACGGCAGCAGGGGAGUGGCGAAUGCAGGCAUGCAAGACACCCUGAGCUACUUUGAUGGUGCAAGCUCACAGCAGCAGCCGCACGACGGUUCCCCCUUCACCCGCCACUCCACCUCGUCCCGCUUCGUCCUCCCCUCCGUGUCCACAUCCUUCCUCUGCCCCUUCCUGACGGAGCCCGUUCCUGACGGAGGUGCGCGUGGGGGCGAGCAAGCAGCGGUUCAUAGUGCUGGUGGACACGGCGUCCGACCUCUUCUGGCUGCCCUGCAACUGCAUCCAGUGCGCCACCCAGAGCUCCGUGCCUGGCGUGUGCGCCUACCAGAGGGAAAGGGAGGGGGAAAGAGCAGGAGUAGGGGAGAGGGUGACAGGGGAAGAGGGGGAGAGGGGGGAAGAGAGACGCGUUUCACUCUCUCCUGUGCUCAUUGCUCAUCAUCCCAUACCCUCCUCUCAUUCCUUGCCGCCUCUCUCCCCCUCCCCCACUCUCUCCCCCUUCCCCAUACUUCCCCCGCUGCCAUCCUGUUCAUUGCCCCUCUCACUCCCACACCCAACCCCAACCAGCCCGUGCAACCCCCGUACGACCCAGCCCUCUCAGCGACCUCCCAGUCCAACUUCUGCUUCUCGCCAGCGUGCACGUCCUUCGCCGCACAGGACAAGACAGCCUCCGUGGGCUGCCUCGUCUCCUCCGCGCUGCCAGCGCCGGACCCGCUGUGCCAGUACGCGGCUACCUACACGGGGCCUGAGGGCGGCAGCGUGGGGAAUCUGCUCAGGGAUGCCCUGCACGCUGCUGUUUUAGCACGGCAGCGUGACCUCCGGGUGCGGGCGGUACCAGACCGGCUUCCUAGCCGGCACAAGCGUGGCCCCAAACGGUGCGGGCGGUACCAGACAGGCUUCCUAUCCGGCACGAGCGCGGCCCCAAACGGUGUGUUUGGCAUGGGACGGGGGGCGCUCUCCCCUCUCUCGCAGCUGUCAGCGCAGGGCGCCAUGAGCAACGCCUUCUCGCUCUGCAUGGAGGGCGACCCGGGCGCACGCACCACUGCCUUUGCCACUUCUGCUGUCGGGGGGAACGCGACGGGUGCGGGCGCGCAGGGCGCCAUGAGCAACGCCUUCUCGCUCUGCAUGGAGGGCGACCCGGGCGCACGCGUCACUGCCUUUGCCGCUUCUGCUGCUGCCGCUGCUGCUGGGGGGAAUGCGGAGGUUGCGGGGGGGGAGGCGGGGGGUGUGGGAGUAGGCGCGGGGAAGCUGCUGAUGGGCGUGAAGGGCGUGCCUGCUGGCGCGCAGUCCACCCCCAUUGUGUCCAGCGACUUUGAGCCAUUCUACUUCAUCAACGUCACCGGCAUGGCAGUGGGGAACGCCACGCUCGCCCUGCCGCGCUCCGCCUUCCCGCCCCUGGACGCCUCUGGCAACGGCGGCACCGUUCUCGACUCCUCCGCUUCCAUCACUGUGCUGCCCACGCAGGCCUACCAGGCCAUGGCCACUCAGUACCUGGUGGCGGUGCCGGGCCUGAAGUACGACUAUACUCUCAGCGACCAGCAGGGAGUCGACUGCCUCAACGCCUCCGCCUACGCUCAGCCAACAGAGAGCGCCUUCCUUGCCCAGUUCCCCACGCUCUCGCUCAUCCUCGCCAACGGAGCACUCUUCACAGUGCAGCCCUCCGCAUACCUCUACCUUGUGCGAGCGGACGUGAUCUGCUUCGCCAUCACCCCCUCGCUCAACAGCAACCAGCACACCAUCAUCCCGGACUCAUGGCUGACCAACCGCUACAUGGUGUUUGACAAUGAGGCCAACAAGCUCUCCUGGCUUGACACCAACU